GUUACGGGGUCGAUUCAACGCGUUCCGACUUCCGACUCGCGAAGUGUGUCCAAAAAUUAUCAACUCCCAUCGCCGUCAUUCUCUUCAUUACUUGCCCAUUGAGGCAUCCAUAUCCAUUGGGUAGCUGCAAAUGCCACGAGGCAUGAGAGUCCCGAUCCAAUGUGGGCUUCGAGCACCUCCGCGAAGGCAAUCCGCGCUGGCUGUCCGGUAUGCCGUUGCCCACCGACGAAACUUUCGAAUUGCCUCGAUUCCCGCCUCGGAAACCCGCGAUAUAGGGAUUCAAUCAGCCUCGGAACCUGCGUCAUCAACUAGACCCGAUGCCCGAUUCGAGGUCCUCGGCACACCCUCUUCACUGCUGUCCGUUUCCUUAUCAGCAUCUCAAGAACUCUUCACUCGACGAGGGACACUAGUAGGAGUCAGCGGGAAGGCGGAAAGUGCGCUUUCUACACUCUCCAUCCUCCAACCCUUCCGACGCGCCGUUUCCGGAAUACCUUUCUUAUAUCAAAAGAUCACGUCGACCAGCCCAAUCCAAGCUUUGAUCGCCACGAAGUCGUCAUUAACAUCAUUUACCGUAGUCCACCUAGAUGGACGGAUGGACUGGAUGGUGGCGCAGAGAAAUGCUAUAUUAGCAUGGACCGGGCAUACACUGGCGAUCAAGCCUAAGUUAAACACAACCUUGAGCCUUUCACAUUGGGGGAAUUCAUACGUGACAGGCAGGGGUCUGCUCGCUCUUGUUGGCAAAGGGCAGAUCUAUCAAAUAGUUUUGAAAACCGGAGACGAAUACGUUGUCCAUCCAAGCAAUGUGAUUGCAUACUCAAUAUCAACUAACCCCCCCCUCCCCUACCGCUUCAAAUCUUCAGCUCUACGACUCCAAGUACCUCUUAUGAGCGCGCUAUCCUGGAUCCCUGACAUUAAGUUCUUCCAGGUGAUGCGUGAGACCCCAACAUGGAGGAAGGUAACCGCCGCAUUGUUUCGAUUGCGUACUUGGACAAGGCGGUCAAUUUCGGGCGACAGGUUAUUUCUACGGUUUUAUGGCCCAAGCACAGUCCUGGUCCAAUCGCGGGGGUCGAGUCUCCGCGAUGUGCUUACAACUAACGAGGUGAAUGAGAUUGCGGAUACUCCAGCCGGAGUAGUGAGGGGUCCGGUGAAAGUUGAUUUGCGGAAGCCUGCCGUGCAUGCAUCUGCAGUUACGCCGCAACAAAAAGCAGAGGUCUCUCAACCCGAGCCAAGCCAGCCGUUGCAGACACGAUAUGCGAGGGUUGGACGGGAUGGAAAGGUAACCUUCAACUGAUUAGGCUCGAUUCGAGCUGUGGAGAUAUACCUUCGCCUUUUCGCUUCUGUACUAUCAGCCCCUAGAUCAUCAUGUACAAUUAGGUUGGUUAAUGAUACCCCUGCGGUCCUUCAACGUCAUAGAUUGGUUCGAGGACCGAUCGUCCUAUUGCAUGCCACGAUUUCCAUCAUACCAUGGAUCAUGGUUUGGUUAUGAACUUGAUGUCAACCAUGCACUGCACAAAGUCGAGUCAUCUUUGCAGUUGUUGGAGCUACCCAGAAGCCUGAGCAUGGGGAAGAAGAAUUGGACUAUUGGAGGGAUACCUACCUGGAUGAUAAAACUUAGAAGUG